AUGGCGUUUGUUCCAAGUAAGCGUGCCAAGUCGGCGGAUGCCGACUUGGGCGUGUUCAUGCCCCUGAUUAUCAAAGCUGUGACCGACUACGUCAGCCAGUCAGCAGAAGAGGAGCUCAAUUACGAUGAUGUCAUCAAAGCCGUCCGUGCCGAUGUCGAUGAGAAAGGGCGGCCUCGCCCUGCCGAGCAUAUGGCCAAACUGCGCGAGGCGCUCGAACAGCCCAAUCGUAGUGUCAUUGUUGAAGGCCAGCGCAUCAGUUACAAGGCGCCUUACGAUGUGCAUGACCUCGAUGGCCUUCGUCGCGAGCUGCGCAAGUUCUGGGAGUCGGGCCUCGGAGGCAUGCGACUUGACGAGAUAGCGAGUUGUUACAAAGGCGCCAAGGCGGAUGCCCAAAAUCUUAUCGCACGAGGCGAGGUGUACCAGGUCAUGCGCAAGCAGCAUCCCGCCGUGCCCGUACUCUUCCAUCGCGAAAGCUCGCUUGAGCUUCCCAUGGACCCGGAGCUCUUGAGUCGUUGGCGCACCAUUCCCAUGAAACCGGAUCAUGACAUCCAAACCUUUUUGAAGCAAUACAAAAUUGAGCCCGUCCGCGUUCACAUUCCCCCCCAGGUCAACACCAAGACCAAGAAACGCAAGAAGAAGAGUGGCACCAAGCCGCGGAUCAACAAAUAG